CAUGUUUACAAGGCUAAGAGUAGGGAUGCACAAUAUAUCGAAAUUAUCGAAAUAUCAAACGUAAAUAUUACGAUAUGCAUAUCACAAGGGCUUGCAAUAACUGAAUGAUUUUAAUACUUCAAAAAGUUACGAAAAGUCAAAGUUUUAGGGCGACGCAGAUAGCAGAGAACGCUUUCUUUUCCUCAAAAGAGCAUGAAACGUAUGUUGGUUAUAUCAUUUUGAGUUUAUGUCUAUAUGUAUAAUUCAAAUUGAUUUUUGAUUUACACUUGGCAUUAUCGUACCGCAUAUCGCAUUAUUUAACAAGUUAUCGCAUUUUUCUUCAGCAUCAUGCAGUCCUAGCUAAGAGUAAUAAUUUUUGUGCUGUAACAGUUUGAUAUAUGCACCAUUACCCCACUGCCGUAUGCCAUUUUAUGUUGUGUGUAAGCAGCUACAGUCCUAAAUUUUUCAUGCUGCUCUAGACUUACUUCCUAAUUUACAUGUGAUCUGAAAUUGUACACCUGCUGGAAAUCUAUGGCUGGCUGUAUGUGAUAGGUUAGGUAUAAUUAUAAAAGAACAAUACCUGGUGUUAGACAGCCAAUCAUUUAAAAUCAGAACGUUUUUGAUAACAGUAAUCCUGUUUGUAAUAUGCGCCCUGAUUCUUAAACCUUUUCAUAACACAUUUCAGAGUGUGUAAAUUGGCUGGUUCUGUUUAUUUCUGUGUUGUUUUGAGCCUUGCCACAGUUGUCUAGCUGACAAAUAAAUUUCUCUGUUGUGAUGGCUGAGAUUGCAUCGUGGGGGGUGUUUCUCACUUUCACCUUAAUUAAAACAGUCACACGCUGGCAGUAAUUGGGCUUUUACUUCUCCCUAGCUGCCAUGCCUGCCAUGCCCAAGAAGCUAUCCAAUUAAUAUGCUAAUGAACUGAUAAAUAUUUAUGAGCGUUUUUGAAUUAUGCAGAAAGCUUUCUGAGGUCUCUCUCUCUCUCUGAAAUGAAUUGCUUGCAGGACUUCAAAGCUGCUCUUGGCUAACGAGGAACGGGGUGCGCUAUUUGCAUAUGGCUUUAAUCAGCUGAAUACUGAUUACGUUUCAUUAUGGAUGCUAGUGUUCCAGUUGCAGUCUUUGUUUCGCUCUGGUGAGGGCGAGAGAACACUUGCUUCAUGCUCCUAGCUGUAACUGUCAGUAUUGCAUCUGUGCACAUAACAGGAGCCAGUGGAGCUCUUCAAGCUUUUUACCUUUAUUUCGUUUUAACAGUAUCGUAGUUGACUUUGUAGUUUGCUUUUGUUAACCUGCGGCUUCUAUCCUACGCUUAAAGCUUGCAUUUGUGAGAAAAUGGUUCAUGCUAGAGAUUAUGGACUUGAGUAUUUCUGAUUCUACAAGCGCAGCAACAGAAUCCAGUAAAACUGCCAUGGAGAAUGGAAUACAUGGAGUCCAAGCUGCUCAAACAAACGGGCUGGACUUGCAGCUGAAACCAAAUGGACAAGCAACAAGUGCAAUCAGCAACAUGCAGGCACAAGCCUUGCUCCAGCAGUUGAGUCUGAGUUCAGCGCAGCAGCAGCAGUUGUUUCUGCAGCAGGCUCAGCAGAUCCUGGCAGCCGCUGUGCAGCAGCAGUCAGCAGGCCAGCAGAGCAGCACCACUGGAGCCAACAUCUCUGCUUCUGCUGCUACACCUAUCACCCAGAUCCCGCUCUCACAGCCUAUCCAGAUCGCACCCCAGCUGCAGCCUACAGGUCUUAACCUGCAGCAGUUUGUGUUGGUGCAGCCGGGACAGCUUCAGCCUGCUCAGUUUAUCAUCUCCCCUUCACCUCAAGGCCAGACUGGCCUUCUUCAAGGCCUUCAAGCCCAGAAUCUUCUGACACAACUACCUCAAAGUCAAGCCCACAUCCUGCAGCCUCAGCCAGGCAUUCCUCUGACUACACAGGCAGCAACACCUACACGAAAGAUAGCUGCUAUGCCAUCUUCUGCGCUGCCCACAACGAAGCGGGUGGAUGUUCCUCUAGUGGAGGAGGCCAGUGAACUGGAGGAGCUAGAGCAGUUUGCCAAGGCCUUCAAACAGAGAAGGAUUAAACUGGGCUUUACUCAGGGAGACGUUGGCUUGGCCAUGGGAAAGCUGUAUGGGAAUGACUUUAGCCAGACCACCAUCUCCCGCUUUGAGGCCUUGAACUUGAGCUUCAAGAACAUGUGCAAGCUCAAACCUUUGUUGGAGAAGUGGCUCAAUGAUGCUGAAAACAUGACGUCAGAAUCUGCAGUUUCCAGUCCCAGUGACAUGUCCCCAGGCAUCUGUGAGGGUCUAAAUCGACGCCGUAAGAAAAGAACCAGCAUUGAUACCAACAUUCGCAUUGCCUUGGAGAAAAGCUUUCUGGAGCAGAGCCAAAAGCCUACCUCUGAGGAGAUAACGCUGAUCGCCGAUCAGCUCAACAUGGAAAAGGAGGUGGUGAGAGUGUGGUUCUGUAACCGCCGGCAGAAGGAGAAGAGGAUCAACCCCCCGAGCAGCAGCACACCCAACACCCCCAUCAAAACGGUCUUCACCAACUCCCCAUCGGUGAUAUCCGGUGCAUCAAACACACUGAAUGUCAGUUCAGCGCUCCCUCUCAGCACUGCCUCUGUUCCCAAUCUCACACUUGCUGGUACAGCUCUAGGACCAGUCACCUCAAACACUGCAACAGUCAUCUCUCUGGCACCCGCUGUCGCCACUCCAGCUCCGACUGUGACGUCCCCGUCACUUACUCCCUCUGCUACAGCAGCAGCUCUGACCAAUACAAAACAGGAAGUGGUCAGGACAACAGAGACUGGGUCCACCAUAGCAACAUCAGCUGCACCGGGGCCUGGACAGUUUGUCGUGUCUCCGGCAGGGCUAGGUGGAGCAAAUCUGGCAGCCAUGGCAGCAGCAGCAGGACUUAACCCAGGGAUUAUUUCACCCUCCCAGCUAACACAGGGGGGGGCAUUGCUAAGCUUAGCUCCAGCAUCUCUUGGAAAUGCUCUGACUCCAGCAGCACUGAUGAAUAACACCACACUGGCCACUAUUCAGGCUCUUGCAUCUGGGGGUGCGUUACCCAUAACCUCUAUCGAUGGUAACGGCAACGUGCUCUUUGCCAACACCAGUGCAGGAGGUCCCACGCCCAAUCUGAUGACUACUCCCGUUCUGUUCAACUCACCCCUGUCUCUGCUCCCCACCAGUGUGCUUUCAGCGGGCGGAGCCGGGGGCGGGCCUCUCAACCUACAGGUUACUGGUGAUGCGCACCAGAGCACUGUGCCGGUCAAAAGCAUCACUGUGGCCUCCAAGGCUCAAUGAACAUUUUGCUUCUUCCCUCGCUCUGUUUAGACUUUAUUUAAUCCCUUUGCUACUACCAAAUAUAGAGACGUUUUAUUAUAACUACGAAUUUUUAUCCUUGCGCCAGGAGACUUUGUUACCUUUUUUGGACAAACCAACUGUCUGUCUUAGCAGUUGUUUCAGAGCCUUCACGGAAACUAUUUGAUGGUAUAGUUGUACUGAUUUUGGCACAUGCUGAGAAAGCAGUUGGAAACCUUCUUGACUUUAUUUUUGCAUGGGUUGAGGGAUGCUUCAAUUUCUUUAAAAAAAAAAAAAAAAAAAAAAAAAAGAAAGAAAAGAAAAAAAACUAAUGUUUGACUGAACCAAAAAUGUGAGAUUUUGAUAUCACGUUAAUCGUCCUUAAAUGAGAUUACUGGGCACAAAGGAGUUUAUAUUCACUUUGUGCAAGGUUCUUUUUAUUUCUGGGUCUGUUGUGCAGGUCCGUAUUUCAGAUUUAUAACCAAGAUCAUUGCAUAUAUUUUAUGGUUUAAGUUAGAUAUGUUACUACAAGUUGUGUCUCAGUAGAUGUUUUUAGGAGGCUUUUAAAAAAAAUAUAUUGUUCUAACUAAUGUGUCACUUUAUGAACACGGUUAGAAGGCUUUAAAACUAGUAAUAAAUCUGAGGCUCUGAUUUAAAGCUGGGUCUCUGUACGAGCAGUGCAAGGAGUCUUUGUUCUGUCCAACUCUUGUCUGCAAACACUGAUCUUACUUUUAGCGCUCCUUCAAUGUGGCAGUCACUUGAGGGCAGAAGAUGUCUACAAACAGCACUGAUUCUAAGUUUCAUGUAGGAGGGAGAAGUAAUUUAGAUACAGGUUCUGCAGAGAGAAUGCUCUGAAUGACACAUGACGCGUCCCAUCACACAUGACAAUUUAUCCGAUUUUUGGGGAUGCUGACGCCAGCCUUUUCUUUUAGUUGGAAUUUUGAUAACGGCUAAACCAAAUGUCUGAUCACAUUUUAUUGAGAAAAGUCAACAACGUAGCUUUGCACACUGUAACAGUUAGUAUAUUUGCCUAAGCAUGGAGUAACUGCUAAACUAAUAUACAUGGCUUUAUUCUCUCAGACAUAACCUUUGUGGACUGAGGCAUUGAGGUGUGUAGAUCUGAUAUGAAAAGCUUCGACCAAAGUGGAUGUAGAUAGACACAACUACACGUGCAAGACCAGCGAGUCACUGAAUAGGGUGAGCAGAUCCACUUUGUACAUGUUCUCCAUUCACCACCAUCACUUGAGCAUCUGUUUAUCAUCUGCGCGUAGGGACGCAACACAUGCUGGACCUUUGCUUUUGUAGCAAACUGUUUUGUAGUAAUACCUCAGCGUUUGAUAUUAAAGUAUAAUACUGACAGAGGCAAUUUGGGGGAAAAAUACGUUAAAAUACAGAUAAUUCUCAUUGUUUGUAGCUGAAUAGUGAGGUUUUGUGCUAAAAUUAUAUCCAAACUUUACUGUUUUUCCUAAAAACCUGUCUCUGAGCUUCUAGAGAAGAAUUAAGUACACAUCUGUCACCACUGGAUCUUGAGAGCCUUCAUCAUUCUUGGCACCAAAGUUAUCCAGCACUAUGCAGUUCAACUAAAUGCUCAAAACGCUGCAAAAUAAUCAGGUUUUCAUGUAAUUAUACUAAUUUUUUUUUUUUUGGCAUUAAGUAGAACUUUCAUAUUGCUAAUUUUGGUAACAGAUAAAUUUUUUUAAAUACUACUGCACUGUAAGUACUACUAUUAUAGAUCUUUUCUGACUUGCCAAAGCUAAUGCGUUCCUUUGAUUUCCACUGUGGAUGAUGUUAAGCAGGUGCUAGCAAAUGGAUCUCUCUUCCUUCUUGUGUCAGGUGUCAUGGAAAUAGUUUUAAUCUCUAUAUCGUUAGUUGUUACUAUAUACAACAUAAUCUGCUUGCUAUGCUAUAGACUAGAGAUUUAACUGUAUAAAUACUUGACAGAUAUCCUGCUUUUAGUGAUUACAUAGCAUCUGCUUACAACUCAACAUUUGCUAAGAUGACAUAAUACUGCAGUGGCAGUGGAGGUUUGAAAAUAAUUUAUUAGAGCAACUCAUUAAACAGAUCUUUUUAUCGAAGUAAGCUAGCCUAUAGGGCAUUUCAGAGCAAGCACUGCAGGUAGAAAUGACGACUUCUGUGGUCGAUGGAGUUCGGGUAGAGCAUAUCGUCAACAGUACAACUUUUAGACUUCUUUAUUACAGCAUAUAUCAUUGUACCAAGCUACUGUAAUCCUAGUUUAUAACAGGUGCGCUGUCCUGUUGGGGUCUAAUUUAGCAUUUUGUUAAACUAAAACUAGGACGCAAUAUUUCUCGCAGAGGAGGAGUUUGCCUUAUUAGCAAUUUCUUGUAUUUACACGUGCUUCAGGUUCACUUCAUUCCUCUCCAGUUUCUGUGUUCACGUGUCGUCUAGGAAAAAGUCCCACAAGAAAAAUACCAAAGACUUCCUCAUAGUGUGUGAUGUAGCACAAACAUCAACAAUACACUGUGUUUUAUCAUUUCAUAAUACGUAAGAGUAAUCUCAUACUGACACUCGCUUGGCAUUAUUCUUAACACUGAUACUCAUGAGCUUUUUUCCAAAGCAAAUCUUUUCAGUAGUGUUGUAAUGUGUUGUGGAUACAAAACCAAAGAUUCCUCUCUUUUUGUUUUUUUUUUCUUUUUCUUUUUCUUUAAUGCUUCGCCUACAAGUCCUGUUUUUAAUCUCUAAUCAGCAGUUUUUAAUCUUUUUCCUAUACUUUUUCUACUGCAAGGAUUUCUGUUGAAGCUUUUUAGGGAUUUAAACAUUUCAUUAUCUAGGGCAUGAUUUAUGUUCACUCUGUUUUACUGUACAGAAAGGGCUGAUUUUAAAAAGGGGGUAUGUUCACACAAAAGAAAUCAUUUACUGUUUAACUUUGAUGUGGAUGGAAAAAAGUAUUUUAACUUACACUUAGGUCAUUAGAAAUUAAUGUUGUAGUCUACUGUGUUUAUGUCUAUUGUGUGUAGUCUUUGUUUCUGUUAAUAUGGGAAAUAUUGUAGUUGUGUAUAUAUCAUUAAACGUUUUUUAAUGUGUUACCACAA